UAUCGAUAGUUAGUCAGUGUUAAAUUUGUUGCCGAAGGGGAAGGUUGUGUAAAUUCUUGGUGCGGAUGUUUUCUUUGAACAACAUUCAUAGUUUUGUAUAACGCGGUGUUGCCCCCCUCCACGAAAAAAGAAAGAAAGAAAAGCCAAAUCCUGAAAAUAAAACAAAGUAAAUCAUAAAUGUGAGAAGCUGCUGUUUGCAAGCAAACGUAAACGUAAAGAAAGAAACAAAAAACAAAAAAAACAGAAAAGCAACCAAAACAUCAAUUGAGAGAGCGAGAGAGAGAGAGAGAGAGAGCAGUGUGUGAAGUGCGAGUGCGAGAGCGAGCGAAAGAGCGAGCUGUAGAACAUGUUUACCGAAGAGGGCAUCUUUCCCAUAGGCGAUGGCCUGCUGGACGUUGGUGCCGAGCGCUUGAAGGGAUUACUUGUGCCGCACGACAUCAACGAGAUCUACGAGGUGGAGCAGACGCCGUUUGCCAGGGGCAAAUUCGCUGCUGUGCGCCGAGCCAUACACAAGAAUACCGGUUUGCAUUUUGCUGCCAAAUUCCUAAAGCGACGCCGACGCGCCCAGAGCAGCGACAAGGAGAUCAAGCAUGAGAUCGCCGUUCUCAUGCUCUGCGAGGGCGAGGAUAAUAUUGUGAAUCUAAAUGCGGUGCACGAGACGCGCUCGGACACGGCGCUGCUGCUGGAGCUUGCCACUGGCGGUGAACUGCAAACCAUUUUGGAUAACGAGGAGUGCCUGAGUGAGGCUCAGGCGCGCCACUGCAUGCGGGAAGUGUUGAAGGCGCUGAAAUUUCUGCACGAUCGCUCCAUAGCGCAUUUGGAUCUGAAGCCACAGAACAUAUUGCUCGCCGGUGAGCGCAUCGAAGAUGGACUGAAGCUUUGCGACUUUGGCAUCUCGCGCGUCGUCUGCGAGGGCAUCAAUGUGCGCGAGAUGGCCGGCACGCCGGACUAUGUGGCGCCCGAGGUGCUGCAAUAUGAGCCGCUCUCAUUGCUUACGGACAUUUGGUCUGUUGGCGUUUUGGCCUAUGUGCUGCUCUCCGGCUUCUCGCCCUUCGGCGGCGACACCAAGCAGGAGACCUUCCUCAACAUCUCCCAAUGCGCGCUCACCUUUCCCGACAAUCUAUUCGGCGGCGUCAGCCAAGCGGCCAUUGACUUUAUACGUCGCGCACUGCGAAUUAAACCAAACGAUCGCAUGAACGCCGCUGGCUGCUUGGAGCAUGUCUGGCUCAAGGAUGACUGCGCGCUGGAUAGACAAAUCUAUUUGCAGGCGGAGAAUGGCGCCGACUUUGCACACGACGAUGAUGAUGAGGAUGAAGAGGACGAGGAUGAAGAGGACGAAGAUGAGGAGCAGCAAUUAGUGGAGCUGCAUAAGCCACAGCAGCAGCAGCAGCCUCAGUCACAGCAACAUAGCACAACAGCAACUGCAACUGCAACAGCAACUGCCAACAAAUUAACGCACAAUGGGCUGAGAGCGCACAGCAGCUCCAAGAUACCCAUUGCCACCAAUCACAGCAGCCACAAGCUCAGCUCCAGCUCCAGCUCAAGUGCCAGUCCCAGCAGCAGCACGACGGAGACUACAACCGCCAUACACACGCUGCCGCAAUUGGCGCUGGUGGCUACAACGCCGCUGGCCACUGGCAAACCCACACAGAUUGUUACGCCAACGCGACGCGCCUCGGAUUCGGAUAAGGAGAACACAUAUACGGCGACGUUUGUUAAGAAGCCCGUGGCCAGCACUGCGACCAUACAGCUGAGCAGCCAUGGUCUGGAGGAGGUGUCGUCGUCGACAGUGAUUGCCACGCUGACGCUUUUCCCGGAUGCGCCCACCACGCCCAAAGUCAUACGCAAGACGCCGGCGACGGAGACCAGCUCGGCCACCAGUGUCAAGGCGCUCGUCAAGAAGUUUCAGCUCGAGAAGUUGGAGGCACAUCAAGCAGCAGCCACAGCCACAGCAACGCCCACAAGCCAUGCCACACUAGUGGGCGGCUACUGUCCCGCUGUAGGCGUGGCCAGCACACAGCUCUAUCUACAGCAGCCGCGCAAGUGCUCCGUGCCCAGCGGUGUUGCCGCCGCCGUCGCCAACAGUAACAGCAACAGCAACAGCAACAUGCGUCGCAGCAACAGCAACAAUCACAGCAGCAACACUAACAGCAGCAGCAGCAGCGGCGGCGGCACACGUCGCGCCUCAGAGCCACUGACUGCCGUGCACAAGAAGCAGCUCAGCUCAGCUGUUGUCGUCGUCUCCUCCUCCUCCUCCUCCUCCUCAUCGAGCAGCAGCAACAAGAACAGCAGCAGUAGCAACUCCGCUGUCAGCGCGAGUCCCAGUCCCAGCGCCGGCAGCAACAGCAGCAGCAGCAAUGCUAACAACGCUGCCAGCAGCAGCAGCAGCAGCGCUCUGCUGCUCAAUGGACGCCUUGGUAUCAUCUGUUAGCUAAGGGCCGAACGUGCGCGCCGCAAUGCCAAAAGUUUAUUUCACCGCUUUCUCUGCUGCAUGUAACAGUGCCUCAACGUGUAGGCGUGGUCACCAGCAGCAGCAGCAGCAGCAGCAGCGCCCUAGGCGGGUCUACUAGGAAGCGCAAGCAGCAGCAGCAGCCCCAAUGGAUUCACUUUGGAUUUGGCUUUUCCACGCCCGCACGUGCGGAAUAAUUUUAUAAUUAAUUAAUUUUUUGUUUUGAUUUCUCGAGAGAGUGUGUGUGUGUUUCAAUAUAUAUAAUAUAUAGUAUAUAGUACUCUUAGUUAAUGUUGCUAGCGCCCCAUGCUCUGUACUAACCCAGCCACGCCCACAGAUUUCCAAGCCCAAGUUCUAACAAUACAAAAUACAAAUACAUGCAUUAUAUAUAUAUAUGCUAUAUAUAUAGAGAUCUAGCGUUGAUCUGUGUGUGUGUGUGUGUGUUGCACAAUAAGAAAUUUUUAAAGAGUGAGCGAGCAAGCGCGCGCGCAUGGCUUAGAGCGAGAUAGAGAUAGAGAGUUGUAGCUAUAAAUUGAAUUAUUUUAAACAUAUCAAACAUUGUUCUGUUGUAUGUGUGACUGUGUGUGUGUGUGUGAGUUCAACGAAUCGAAACAUGUCAAUUCAAUCAAGUUACAAAUUUAACAUAAAUUAUACACGAGCGAGAGCGCGAGUCAUUUGAAAUUAGAAAUGUUUACAAAUUACAAAUAUUAAUAAUGUUGAGCGCCAAUUGGUAACUGUUUGUUAUGCAUCAAAUACAUAUA